AUGGGCCAUUAUAUUACAUUGUUCGGCAUAUUUCUUUUAGUAAUAUCUUCGUGGACUGCUGCACACCUAUCAAAAAGAUCUUCUCCAUCUGUAUUGUAUGUUUGGUCAGGACAAGAACGCUCCGUACCGAAUGCUUCUGAUUUCGUUGCUGUAAUCGACUUUGAUGGAAGAUCUCCUACCUAUGGACAUAUUUUGAAAACAGUUUCACUUGUUUCAGACGUUGCCAAUGGCAUUGGACAAGUAGGAAAUGAGCCACAUCAUUCAGCUAUCUCUACUAAUGGUCGCUAUUAUAUGACCGGUGGUCUUCUCAGUUUUCUUUCUGGAAAUAAAGAAGUAUUUGUCUGGAAGAUUCCGAAAAAUCCUACUAAAGGUCCGGAGUUUCUAUAUGCACUGGAUGUGCCAGGUGCUUGUACAGAUGAAUUUUUGCCUAUCGGUGGCUCUGAAUUUCUUUUGAGCAUGAUGUGUAAUGAACAAGCUGUCAGUCCAGGCAAUAUAGUGUAUAUCAAUGCUGAGACUCGUAUGACGAAAUCAAUCCUCAAAAAUAUUUCAGCAUUUGUCGAUUUUAAUCCUCAUGGAUUUGGUCGACUUGCUAAUGGUUCAAUCUUCGUAGGAGACUAUAUUGAACCAAUUACAUUAGUUGGCUCUAAUUCAUCCCAGAUUCUAUUUCGAAAUACGGCUCGACAUAUUCUUCCCGAUGGAACAUUAGAACGUAUAUUUCAAUUCCAAUUUCCUACGACGCCGGGAUCAUCAAAUGGAAUCGGAUACGGAAUCGGAUUUAUGGAACUUAAAGCUAUUCCUGGUGAUCCAUUUGGACGUUCAUAUGCCUGUGGUACUAGUGUGAACAAUAUAUAUUUAAUUGGUCCAGGUAUGCCUGAGCCUAUUUUAGCUAUUGAUCUCUCUCAAGUAAAUGGAUAUCAAAAGCGAGCCAGUGCUGGCCUAUUAUCCUUUUUUUCAAAUGGUCAGCGUGUAUUGAUGACAUUUCAACUGCGAUAUGUUAUUUUAGCCAAUAUUACAAGACCAGAACAACCGAACAUUCUUCGUGUAUUCGAUUUUUGUACUGAUCCAACGCUUAAACAUGUGACAAUUGGUAUUCCUGAUUCAUUCGAAAAAACUACUUUUGCCAAAUUCUGUGCUCAAAAUAAUAAUAUCACUGGUUCACACGCUAUUAUUCAACCGAAAGAUGAGAAUCGAUUCGUUGUGGUGAAUUAUUUUCUCAAAUUCGGCUUGGCUCAAUUUUCUGGCACACGAACUGUGCACGCAUUUAAACUCAAUAAGGAUUUGACCGAUUUCGAAUAUGAUCAUAAAUUUAAUCCUAAUUUUCAAUUGGGUCAUUCACCCAAAAAACAACGUCUAACAUUCCAUUCAUUACAAGCAUAUCCACAUCAUGUUCAAUAUUUGAAAUUAGAAAAAUAG